AAAUAACCCUCGAAGCAAAACACGGAAGUGCAAGCAGCUGUGAGUGAGUGUCCAGAUUACUGCGAAACAGCAGAAGUCUUCUGUUAUCAUGUUUUGUAUUACAGCUCUGUGACAACAGCGUAAUCAGAAAGGAUUGAAAUAAACAAAGGAAAGAGAGAAAUCGGUGCGAAAAGCAAGAACAAUCUGCCCAUACGUGCUCCCAAAGAGACAAACAAACGAAAGGCUUCUCACUAUCAUCCCCAUCCUCCACCACCAUGGAUGCAUCGAGAGGAUGCUGGGACAGCUGCUUUAUUGAGGAUGAUUUGCCACAGAUGGAUGGCACGUGUGAUGCGUGUGAACCGGACGAGCCUCAGUCAGCUGUUUGGAUGUGCACACUCUGUCGCUUUGCCUUCUGCUCCAGCCAUGCAGACAAACAUUCACAAAGCACUGGUCACCAACUCCAGCCGUACAGCACCCCAGACCCUCAGGCAGAGCCUGGGCCACUGAAAGACUGUCAGGUGUCUGAAAACGCAGCAGAGGGGGCGGAGGCCACCAGUAAUGAUGAGCAUAAACCAGCGAAAAGAGACACUGUGACAGUGGAGAGGCUGAAAUGUAAGGAGCAUGGCCAAGAGGGUUCGCUCUACUGUAAACAGGACCAGCGGGUAAUUUGUGUGCUGUGCGCUGUGCAGGGAGAGCACAGAGAACAUGAGAUUAUCACUCUCAAAGAGGCCUACCUGUGGCAGAAGAGCAAAGAAGGCAUUGACCUGCUGGAGCGCACACAUGAAAUAUCAGAAAAGAUCAAGGCCAAAUGGAUCAGCCCAGAUAUGAGUGUAGAAGAACUGGAGCAGUAUGUGAACCAGCAGUUCGAUGAGCUGCAUAGGCUGGUUCGCCUGGAGGAGUGGCGUGUCCUGCACCUGGUGGAUCUAAAGGAGGCGUUCCUCACUGCCCAGGCCGCUGAGAAGAUAACUGAGAUUAGUGUCCACACUGAAAAACUGCAGGAGGAAAUGGAUUCUAUCACACAACAGCUGAGUGAAUUGGAUCAGGUAGAGCAGGAUGGAGUUGCCCCUAUGUCCCUGGCCCCACUGUUGGCCGCCAGACCACCACGUCCACCUGAAGCUCUUGUGGAGCCCAUGCCACUGGAUCCUGAUUUGAGGCUAAGAGCAGCUAAUCAAAGGAGGGCCCCAGAAGAUCCUUCAGGAGAUGAAGACAGAGAAAAUGCAUAUAUUGGGCAUGCACCCUAAAACUAGCAACCAUUCUGUCACCAGCUCUCCCAUCUUCUUUUCAUACCUCACUUGGUGGCAUAAAAACUAUGACUAUAUCUGAAUGUAACUGUGCUGAUGAUAUUGCUUCAUUUUAACCAGUUAUUUGAAUAUUUGCAGCUAAUUGUUUUAUGUUGAACCAAUUUAUUUCCUUUUUAAUGAAAGGCAAUAAAGUAAUAUGUAAAAGCUGAGGAGGCACAAACAAAACUAAAACUGAAUAUUUUGUCUGUUAUUUGUAUUGUGUUAAACAAACAAGAUUGUUUUAAACAGCUUAAACCAGUUACCAUGUAUUUUUGUUUUUGUUUGUUUAACAUUUGCUUUCUAAAAAUUAUUUAUAUACCACUCCUGGGUUAAUUGUGCGAUUCAUGAAAUGCGGUCUCAUACCAUACAAGCUCACAUCAUCAUGCUAUACUUUGAUUCUAUUUGAGCUUAAAUGCAGAAGAUUAUAUAGUUGGUCUAGCUGUGCAUUGUUUCUAAUCCAUUUGUUGGCUGCUUUUUCUUUCAGAAAGAAAUGUACCAUUGCUUGCGUCACUGAUGCCCAGUGUACCAAAUGUGUUUCAACCCUGAUCGUGACACUUUGCUAAACCAUUAUUGUGUUUAAGUAUUAGUGUGUUGUGUCUGCAAUUGGCUUGUAUGCGUUUUCUCAAUAUUGGAGGGACCACCAGGUCCUGUUUAUAUAUAUAUAUAUAUAUAUAUAUUGAGUAUCAAAACUAAAUCUACAAAUGCAGCAAAACACUGAGAGAAAGAUUUGCUGCAUUAGUAGAUUUAUUUUUGAUACCUAAACUAUGCUUUGCUAAGGGGAAACAUGGCAUUAUAUUUUUGAUAUGGUCUUUGAUAGUGUGCAACAAUUAGAUUGGUUAUACUCAACAACUUCUGCUUUUGUUCUGAUUAUUCCUUGCUGUAAACAAAUAAAAAAAAGUUUCUGAUCUUUUU